CGUCGACAGAAGAAGAAGGAAGACGAACUCAAACAUUAGGAAGCGGAAGAUCACGAAUUAAUGAAAAAAGAGAUGCUUGUGUAUCUGUCGAUGCAUGUCGGCAGCCUCGAGGAGAGGAUACAACACCGCCUGAAGAAAGUCGUUCUUGACGCGUCCAAAGGUAAAGCAAAGAUGAACCCUCAAGAAGAAUCUAACUACUCCUCAGGUGACGCCUCUUGCGAAUCCGAAGGGAAUGACGUGAAGGUGUUACGAGGCAAAACUCAGAAACUGACGAAUAAUGACAAAAGGAAGAGGAGUACUGAAAAGGCGGUCAGUGACAGCCCUCCUAUGGAGACCCCGACGAAAAAGAUCAACAAACAUGUCGGGAUGGAGCCCAGGCGGCUUACUAAAAGACUGCAGCUCACUUGCCGGCACCCGCCAAUGAAACGAUCGCCGAAGCAAAAGACUCCAAGAAGUGCGACUUUGAAAAAGAAGAAGAUUCCAGCUUCGAUGGGAGCGCUAGGCAAAUUGAAGUACGUGACAGAUAACCUACGUGAUUUGGCCGAUCUCAAUGUGGACGAUCUGAAGAAGAUAUGCAAAGAGGAAGAUGUGCAGUACGGAGGGAAGAAGAUGCAGACGAUCCUCGCCAUCACAGAGAAAAGGACCAAUGAAGCCUACGAAUCUGAUGAAAUUGAGGAGCCGGAGAAUGAUGAGGAGGAUAGGGGAGCAAGAGAUGAGAAAAACAUUGGAGAAGAGGUGGUAGAAGGGGAUGUAUUCUUGCGUAGUCUGGGUGGCAUGAGACAAAUGGUGUUUGGCUUACGGCGGAUGGAUGACGUCAGCAUGAUUGUGUUGGAUAAAAAAGAUCCGUUUCCAGCAGAUAUGACUGGCCUCGAGGAGAGGAUACAACACCGCCUGAAGAAAGUCGUUCUUGACGCGUCCAAAGAUAAAGCAAAGAUGGAUCCUCAAGAAGAAUCUAACUACUCCUCAGGUGACGCCUCUUGCGAAUAUGAGGGGAGUGACGUGGAGGUGCUACGAGGCAAAACUCAGAAACAGACGAUUAAUGAGAAAAGGAAGAGGAGUACUGAAAAGGCGGUCGGUGACAGCCCUCCUAUGGACACGCCGACGAAGAAGAUCAACAAACAUGCCGGGAUGGAGCCCAGGCGGCUUACUGAGAGACUGCAGCUCACUUGCCGGCACCCGCCGAUGAAACGAUCGCCGAAGCAGAAGACCCCAAGAAGUGCGACUUUGAAAAAGAAGAAGAUUCCAGCUUCGAUGGGAGCGCUUGGCAAAUUGAAGUACGUCACAGGUGACUUGGCCGAUUUCAAUGUGGACGAUCUGAAGAAGAUAUGCAAAGAGGAAGAUGUGCAGUACGGAGGGAAAAAGAUGCAGACGAUCCUCGCCAUCACGGAGAAAAGGACCAAGGAAGCCUACGAAUCUGAUGAAAUUGAGGAGCCGGAGAACGAUGAGGAGGAUAGGGGAGCAAGAGAUGAGAAAAACAUUGGAGAAGAGGUGGUAGAAGGGGAUGUGUGAUACCCCAAACACACACGUGAAUGAUGGGCAAUGUCUCACUGCCUGGUGAGUAUGAAACGUGAAGGCAUCGUGAAUGCGAGUAUUGAGAUAGUCUACCUUUUCGUAAUUAUCCUGCUAGCCUUAGCCGGUGAGGUAAGAUGGCAACAAAAAUGCGUCGACUCU